AUGGAGACAUUACAUUUCAUCGUGGUAAUUGGUCUUAUUUGCUCCACAUCAAGUCUCCCAGGAAACACCGACAGAAAGGAAAAAACUCAAUUUGCCUCAUCCAGUGACAUUAGCCUUCUCGCUCGUGGUCUUUACCUGGUCGGCAAAGGCCUGAGGGAGCACACAGACAAAACGAAGGAAGAGAUGACUACUGUGUUAGAACUGCUGGAUAUUUACAAUACCUCCAUUGUGAACCUGGGCGACCAGGUCAGGCUAAUAGAAAGUGCUGAAAGGGCACUGGGGAGCAAGGCUGAGAAGCUGGAACUUCAGGAUCAGGAACUCCAUCAAAGGUUCACCGAGCUCAGAAGCGAGCAAACGAAAGCAAUGCAGGGCCAGCAGUCAGUUGCUAGCAAGGUGGAUUCCCUGGAAGGAAAGCUGGAGAGGAUUCUAGGAACUCUCGAGAAAAACAAGUCCGCAGACAUCCCCUUUAACAAGUCUGUGAUCGAGUUUCACAACCAGCAUGUAGAUGAUAUUCUGGCAUUGGUGAAAGCCCAGCAACAGCAGAUUGAUGAGCAGAACAUGCAAAUUCAACUGUUGGUGAACAAGAUUUCAGACUUCAGUCUCAAAGAACAAUUCAACUUCAAGAAGAAUGUGAAGGGAAACGAUCAUCUUGCUGAUCACUGGAAAACCCAAAAGGCAGCCUUAUCUGACACUGACUGUCAUCAGCUUUUCAAGAGGGGAGAAAGAACAAGUGGAGUUUACAGCAUCCAGCCUCAAGGAUCCCAGCUACUGCAAACAUACUGCCAAAUGACUCCAGAAUCUGGUUGGACUGUGAUUCAACGUCGAUUUGAUGGCUCUGUGGAUUUUGAUCGCUCCUGGUUAGAUUAUAAAGCAGGAUUUGGAGAUGUCCAUGGUGAAUUCUGGCUAGGUUUAGAAAGUUUCUAUCGAAUUGGUCAUCAGGACCAGUAUGUUUUGCGAAUUGAGCUGGAGGACUGGAAGAAUGUGACACAGUUUAUUGAGUAUACGUUUAAAAUAAGUGGCAAGGACAGUGACUAUAGCCUGAUAAUUGGUCAGGUUUUGACCGGAGACUUAUCAUCAGCCUUGAGUGACUGCAAGGAAAUUCCUUUUUCCACCAAGGAUCGAGACAAUGAUCUUCACACUGAUAUAAACUGUGCUGAGCAACAUUCAGGUGGCUGGUGGUUUUCCGCAUGUGGAGAAUCAAAUUUGAAUGGGAAAUACCUUCGAUCCAAAAUCAACAGGAGAACAGAUCGGAAGAAGGGAAUUUUCUGGAAAACUUGGAAAGGCAAUUACUACUCUUUUAAAUCCACACAACUAAUGAUCAGGCCAAUGAAGAUUAUGAACUAA